AUGGAGUUUCCAGAUUUAGGAAAGCAUUGUAAUGCAGAGUUUUGUAACAAGCUAGAUUUUUUGCCAAUAUCCUGUGAUGCUUGUAAGAAAACGUUCUGUACAGAACACUUUUCUUAUAUUGGUCAUAACUGCUUAGAAGGUCAAUUAAAGAGAGAUAAUCAAGUUCCCGUAUGUCCAAUUUGUAUGAAACCUGUGCCUAGUGAAAAAGGCCGUGAGGAUUACGCGGUUAGUUUGCAUAUUGACAAGUUUUGCAAAUCUGAGACAAAAAUUUAUACCAAUGCAUGCUCGUUCAAUAACUGUAAAAAGAAGGAACUAGUUCCGUUUUCAUGUAGCUCGUGUAAACUCAAUUAUUGUCUUAAACAUCGACAUGCGGAUGUUCAUAAAUGUAAAGGAUUUCAUCAACGUGAUAUUUUAGCUAAUGCUGCGACUCGACGAUGUGCUGAUCAAGCUGGUCAUAAUAAGAAUUUACAGGAACAUUUUACAAAGGUCCAAGGAAGCAUGGGUGAGGAUGAAGCCCUAGCGAAAGCAAUUUAUGAAUCUAUGCUGGAGAAUGAGCAAAGUGUGGCAGUUGGCAGCUCUUCAUCAUCUAAUAAUGAUAGAAAUAAGAAUUGUGCGAUUUCAUAA